GUAACCAUUUUGAAAUCCAAAAUGGGGUGAGAGUGCGAAGGAAUACGAGUGAGAGUGUAAAGGAGUGUGUGGAUGAGAGAAGGAGAGUGAGGGGGAGUGAGAAAGGGAUUCCUGCAUCUCCUAUAAUGGAAACUCGCGUAAUUUUCAUAAUGCAAUCGAACCAUAACCCUUCGCUAAAACUUGUCUUCAAAACAGACUGCCAUAUUUA